GCUCAAUUCACGUUCAAUGCAUGCCGCUGAUGUGGCAUGUCAUGGCAGCAUGUGUGAGCCGCUGUGGCAAGACCAGCCGAAUUCAUCAAGUGCUUCGAACGGUCCGAAUAGAACGAAAGAAUUGACCGGAGCUCAACUGGAAGUUGCAAAGGAAGGCCUUCUCCACCAGCUCUCGGAUCAGAUCAGUGUAGCCCUGCACGAGCAUGCAGCAAAGCUGCAUGAACAACUGAAAUCGUUGCUGGCAGUUCAGGAGCAGCGUGCUAGACAUGCAGAGACAGCCAUUGAGUCAAUCUUCAGGGAUGCCGUGGCGUGUCCUUUCAGUGCGCUGGAGUUUGGACUUCCAGGUGAGGUGGAGGAGACUUGGGCAGAGCACACCAAGCCAGAAGCAAAAGUUGCAGAGCCACCUUUGGCCCUUGAGCCGCCUCCUCCGUGUGAGGAGUUCAGGGUUUUGCUUCAGGGCGAGGCAACCGUGCGAGCGGAAUUUCAAGAGGCCUCAGGGUCAGAUCCUGUAAACUCAGAUGCUAACGCUAACCUCAUUGCGAUCCUGGGUGCAAUACCUGGCCUCAUCCAGUCAUCGCUGGCAGUUCAAGAGCAGUGGCACUAUGACUGCUUGCGGAAAUGGACGUCGCGCCAAGAAAGCAAACAACAAGAGGCACGCGCACGGCUUGAAGACCUCCUUCGCAAGUACCGGCAUGGUGAUAGAAAACCAGCUGGAAGGAAUGUAAGAGGUCAAGGCAUACCUCACUUGAACACGGCCGAUACAAUAUCGACUCCUCCGGAAAUGAUGAGUGAGGUGGUGCAGUUUACUCCAAACCCAACGCCAAAGGCAGCGGAAGCAGCGGUAGAAGACAUUGUGACAGCCAAAGAGACGCUGGCCAUUUCGCAGGCUACUACCACUGGCAAUGAGGAAGAACGAAGAUGGAUUUGGUAUCCAGCUUUGAACCCACCGAAUUGGCGCCGGAGUGGCUUCCUUCUCCUUGAAGAUUCCAAUCACUACAUUCUCGGACGGAUAAUCUCAGGAUUCAUGGUUGCUGUCAUCAUGGUGAGUACUGUGUCCUUCGUCAUAGAGACUUUGCCGAACUUCAAGGAUCGACCACAGCGUUGUCAAGAGCUGCUGGCAGCUGGUGCGGCGCUCACAGUUAAAGCGUGUGAGCCCGUGCCGCGGCCGAUUUUCUCUACGCUGGAAGCUAUUUGCAUCGCAAUUUUUUCGCUUGAGUAUGCUCUGCGAUUGGCGCUUUGCCACACUGAUGCCCGGUAUGGGAGUAGCUACAUUUCGCGGACAUUCCACUACGCGAUACAGCCUCUGAAUGUUGUUGACGUGAUCGCUGUCCUGCCUUUCUACUUGAAGCUGGCACUUGAAUUUAGCGAAAUUGGAGUUUUUGGUAUGCUGAGAUUAAUGCGUGUCUUUCGACUACUGAAGCUGGCGAAACAUCACAAAGGCACGGAGGGGACAUGGCACAGCCACUUUGCAACUCUUGCCAUUCGAGUCGCGGUGUGGCCCUGUUUGAUGCAGUCUCCUGACAGCAUUUAUCGGUGGCAUCAGUGCCUUUGGUUCUCCUGCUUUGGAAGCCUAGCAACAUUUACCAUCUUGGCUGCUUGUGAAAAAGAUCUCGAGCGUUUUGGAGGUGGUGAAGGGGAAUUUCUACCAGGGACUGCAACAGCAGCUUCAACCGAUGGGAACACUGCUUCAUCGAAUCACAUGGCCACACUGGUGCCAACAUUCGAUCCGUCAAAGGAUGACUUAGAACAGUAUACGCAAAAGGUAGAACUGCUUAGUGAGAUUUGGCCUGCAACAAAAAUCAAUGAGUUGAUUACUCGCCUCAUCUUGAACACAAGUGGAACUGCUUUUCAGAAACUUCAGCUGAACAAUCCCCGGUGGAUGAUGACAAAUGACAAGAAAGGAGUGCAACUACUGGUCCAGCUCCUUGGCGGCCAGUGGGGAAAAGUCAAUUUGGAGAAAAAGUAUGACAUCGUGGAGAGAGCACUUUUCCGUUGCCUUCAGAAACAAGAUGAAUCCAACGAUUCUUUCCUAGCCCGUUGUGACGUUGUUUGGUCUGAACUUCUAGCCAAGAAGGUGCAGUUGGAAGAAAUCCAAUCGUACAUACUCAGAGGGUCUCGUUUGAGCACAGAGAAUAAGAAACGUGUCAUUGUUGAGAGUGAAUCAUCGUCAAGUGGAGUUUUGAACAUGGAGAAGGUCACACAAUCUGUUCGCAUGCUUGGUACUUCAUUUUUCAAUGAGAUGAUUGGUCAAAAGGUCUCCAAGGGCAAGAUUUAUGAAUCCCAAGUGAUGCUAACUGAAGAUCAAGAUGACUUUCAACAUGAUGAGUCUGCAGACGUAGCUGAUGAAUAUACCGAGGAUGAGUUUGUAGGUCAGUUACUGCAAGAUGAUGAGGAAGAUGCAGCCUUGAUUGCCGAUUAUGAAUCGAGGGCCGCAGAUGUACUGCAAGGAGACAGUGACCUUGCUGCCACAUACAACGCAUACGCAGAUGCCAGGAAUGAACGAAUCACAGAGCAACCUGAGAGCCGUUUUGUGGCAUCCGUGAGAGAGCAGCCAGCAGUAGCAUAUUUUUCCACGUAUGGCACUUGUGGCAUACUUGACACAGGUCUGGGUCUCAAGAUUGCAAUCGUGCCUGGCGAAACACCGCUGCUGCUGUCCAACACACUCCUGAGGACUCUCAAAGCCAGUUUGAACAGCGAGCAUCACACGUUGUCCAGUCCUUUGUUGAACCAGGAGAGCCAUGGCAUGGUGCCUCUGAAGAACCCCGAAGAUCUGCAAGGGGUGAUGUUGCCUCGAUCCAAAUGCAUGCCCAAGAGCAAGGCCAUGCCGGCACAUCAAGUGCCUGUGGAGGUGAUCCAGGAGAUUGUGGAUCCCAGCGACCCGUGGGAUGUCAUGGACUACACAGCACUGCAACAGGACCAGACCAACGAGAUGAUCGAGGCACUCCAAGCUCGAGUACUGAACAUGGAAGGUGCCAUCAGCGAGAUCUUAGGAGCCAAGAGAAGAUCCGUUUCUGCCGGUGUCCAAAGUGCCAAACGAGCAAAACUGAAAGAGGGUAGCAUCAAAAGCUCACUAACUGGCGAUGAUGAACUACCCACACAUGCCAAAGCAUGUGAGGAGACGUCCGAGGGCUUACGUUUCCGGGAGAUGUUAGCUCGCCGAGAAACAGCUCGCCGAGCUUUUCACUCAGCUGAUAAUGACAUGUCUCUUCGCAGGGCCGCCUUACGUCGUGAGAGGCCACACAGGGGUUCGUAUGAAGCUGGAGAGUGGGUCAUGGUGUGGAAAGUGGUUUCCAACCAAGGAUCCUGGUAUGGCCCCGCAAAAGUCAUCCAACAGGAUGGUUCCAACGCAGUGUUUUGCAACAAUAUGGGAUCCAUCCUCAAAGCAGCACCCGAGCAUGUCAGACCUGUCAGCGCCGUAGAAGCUCGCCUGAUCCCCCUGGAUCAAAUUGCCGGUGACAACGAGCCGAGAAGUGAACACCGUGAUAUCCCAACCAUGGACAGAAAUGCCACUGAACCAAUCAUCCCAGAAAGCAGCAACCCCAAUAAUAAUCCCAUCACAAACAAUAACCCAGUACCCACUAAUCCCAGUGGAAUAAUCCCUAACGAUACCAAUAGUCCACCUCAAAGAACCCCAAGUCAGAGCUCAGCAGAUCAACCUGACCAAGAACCUGAAAAUGCCGAAACACCAAGAGAGACUGAAAACGACACCACCAUCCCAGAACUAGACCCUUGA